UUUCUCCUGCUGUGCAUUACAUGAUUUGCGAUCUUGGAUUUGAGAAAACAGAGACUUAUGAUAUUCAUAAUAUUGUAUCUGAAAAUGGUGAAAUACUUUGGCAAGCUAUUACAGAUCAUGUCUGUUACCUUGAAUCAGAUCAAAUUGUGGAUUAUAUCAAAAGCAUACGAUCACUGGGACCUGUCUGUGAAUCUGUUAAUCUGCAUUUCAAAUCUAUCACCAAGGAGCAAUUCGUGGCUCGAUAUGCCUUAUGGUUCCAGUGGACAAACUACACAGAGAUAUUUCUUGAAGUAUUUGAUGCUCUGCAAUAUACACAAACUACAGAAAUUGCUCUUGGCUUAAUGAAACUAACAUCAUGCUUGGAGCGAGCAUUGGGUGAUGUGUACUUACUGAUAGGUAAAGAUUGUCCUUUCCUCCUAAGAGAUUUGCUUAUUUCUGAGGAGCUUGCAGUUAUCUUUGGACAAACUGUAAUGAAUGUAUUGAGGGUAUUCAUUGGAUCUCCUCAUGGUCUGAAUCUUCGUAAUGUUUUGUGGCACGGCUUUGCUUCCCCACAAGAAAUUCCUGUCAAGUAAGUUACCAAAAAGUCU